CCAAGUUGGCGCCCCAGGAAAAAAGGCCCUCGCUGCUGCCAGUGUUGUAGUGUGCGCACGCUUGCUGUUGGAUCCCGUCCUCGAUCUUUCCUGUCCGCGGACCAUCUAAUAAUACUCAGUAGUAUAGGGACACUACAGAUACUGUAGGGACACUAAUUGUGUAAUUUAAUCAACGUGGGCGGCAAAUGUUGUUCGUCUCCUCGUCGGAGCGCGGGGUGAAAAGAAGUAUUGUCUGCUGUUUUCGCGCCUGAGAAGCAAAGCAGCACGAGCAUUGACGCCAGCUCAGCAUCCCGGACCACGUGUUGCUGCGUUCCAUUCGUGACACCGAAUUUGGAGAGGAGAUUGAGAGUCUAUCAUCGAUCGCGGGCAUGUCAAACUCCGCUGUUGUCGUUCCUCGUAACUUCCGGCUCCUUGAGGAGCUGGAGAGAGGCGAGAAAGGGUUUGGUGAUGGCAAUGUGAGCUAUGGAAUGGACGAUGGCGAAGACGUCUUCAUGCGGUCGUGGACGGGGACCGUCAUCGGUCCAAGUAAUACGGUGCACGACGGACGCAUUUACACUGUGAAGCUCUAUUGCGACAAGGACUAUCCGGACAAACCGCCAGCUGUCAGAUUUGAAUCACGGAUCAAUAUGGCGUGUGUCAAUCAAGAAAGCGGCGUGGUGGAGCCAAGGUCCUUUCCAAUGCUUGCGAACUGGCGGCGAGAUUUCACAAUGGAGAACAUUUUGACAGAGUUGAGGCGUGAGAUGCAGACUGGACAGAACCGGAAAUUGCCGCAGCCUCCGGAAGGGAGCACGUUCACAUGCUGAUGUGCGAUGUAGCGAGAGGUUGGAUUGGAUGUGUGCUCGGGAGAAUGCUGCAAGGUGUGCCAUGAGCAAUAUGCCUGUCAUUUCAUUUUAUUGAAGAAGCUUCCCAACCAAUUCUAGAGGAUGGAGGAUCGACCUGCUUUCGACUCCCCGUUUAACAGUCCUGUCGUGCUGUAGGAGUGUUGGUGGGUUGUGUGUGAUCGAUCCGUCUGUCAGAUUGAUCAAUCCGUCAUGCUAAGUGAUGAAAUUGAGUAAGUGAAUCUUGAAGGAAUCCGGCCUGGCAGAUGAGAAUGGUGGGCAGCAGAGUAUCUCCUGCUGUGGUCAGUAGUUUCCUCUCCGGCUUGUUUGAUUGCUGGGUGAUUGUAGCCGAUCUGUGUGACUAAUGGGUUGAUUGGUUGUUGAUGAGUGGGUUUCUGGAUGGUAGUGUGCGAAUGAUCAUGACAGGCUUCCGGAGCUGCAAAUGAACACUGUACAUUUCUAUCUUAAGGGUAAGAGAAUGCAUCAGGGGUCCACAUUUCAACGGACCCAGGGGGCCUGUUACCUUUCCUUAGUGCUAGCCGGUCUCGCAGACAACAUUUGCCUUGAAAGGAGAGAGAGAUAGGGAGAGAGACUGGUAAAGGGUUAGGAGGGCAGGUGGAGUGGUUGUUUCUGGUUCAAAUCUUGGCUCUGUAUACCAGUUUCCAUCCUGGGCUUCGAUGUAAAGCCUUGGCAGAGCUGAAGUUCAGCAAAGGAAGUGCAGUAUGAAGGGACACGUGGUUUUAUAUCCUGUUUGACAGCAUGUAGAUUUCCAUAUGUAGGUUCAGGUAGGAGAACUUGUGGCCUGUGGCUGGAGGGCAGAGGCAGAUAGAAAGGCAGUCAACGCUGACAGCCUGGUCCUCUGCAGUGUGGGAUUGUGUUAUUCGGAAGCAGGAUUAUUCGAAGAUGAUUCUUUGCUGUCCAUUUGUGCAGGUAAUCUAGUUCCUUGCUCUCUUUUGAUGAGCAUCUACCGAGAUGCGCUCGUAUGAUUUCCGUACAGUUGUUAUAAGCGCUCUCCUUUCUCUGGCAUGUCCCCGGUGGUAGACUCGGCUGUAGUCAUUUUGAGCCCUGCAGUUGAAGCCCUGUCUUACCCUAAAGGGUUCAGCCAGCCUCCGAAAGGGAAACGGUUGUGUGACAUAUGUGCUGUGGAUAAGACCGACAUUAACUAUUUCUAAGGGGGGGGGGGGGGGGGGGGUCGUGUGGAACGAAGUGGAGCAGGGAGGGGGGGGUGCGGGUUGGGUGGCUGGUUGUUGGUAAGGGCAAGUAGAAUGGGUAUUAAGGUCAAGAAAUGAUGGGGUGAUAGAGGGCCUGAGGGAUAUCUGGUUUGGUCGUCAAACAUGCAUCACUUUCGUUUAUGCAGUGUGCUUGCAGAUUGAAACGUUCCCUUUCAUUUUUUCGUAUAGUUCUUGACUGCAACUGAAAUCGUCAACCUGUCAACGUUAAUGAAUGUGUACCCAUUUUCCUGCAACUGAAACCGUCAAACCUGUCGGGAUCUCAGUGUGCGAAACGAACGUUUAUUAUCCACUUCACCGUUCACUGCCCACGGAAAUGACAGUGUUUAUAUCGUAGAACUUGCUGGACAUAGGCCCCCGCUGCACUAGCAGCACUCUCAACAUGCCCGAUCGGCAAAAAAGAUGGCAUGGCAUGGCAAUACAUCUUUCCAUGUUCUAGCAGUGGAUUCAGUCUCGUUUUGCACAUUUGGGGAGUAGUGCAGCGAGGCCCGUAUGCGGCAAUAACGUUUUUCCACAAGGCUUAGGGCAUGUACUGGCGGUCUAACUGGGGCAGUGUUGUGUGUGCUAUUAGCCAGUGGAGACUGUACCUUGUUGAUGGGUGUAAUGUCGGUGCAUUCCUUCCAGGAAAUGUGUCAGGUUCAUUGUGGUUCAUCUGUAGAGUUUCUGACCAUCUUUUCAGUCCCAGGUUGUACCCAAAUUUGACUAAUUUGACUUUGCUUGUUGUACCCAGCACCGUGCCUUGUACGCG